CCAUUGCCUGGACUACUUGUUUUCCUUUUAGGAAACGAGGACCAAGUAAACAUGAAGUUCUUCAUUUUUACCUGCCUUUUGGCUGUUGCCCUUGCAAAGCAUAAGAUGGAACAUGUCUCCUCCAGUGAGGAAUCUAUCAACAUCCAGGAAACAUAUAAGCAGGAAAAGAAUAUGGCCAUUCAUCCCAGCAAGGAGAACCUUUGCUCCACAUCCUGCAAGGAAGUUGUAAGGAAUGCAAAUGAAGAGGAGUAUUCUAUCAGCUCAUCUAGUGAGGAAUCUGCUGAUGUUGCCACAGAGGAAGUUAAGGUUACUGUGGACAAUAAGCACUACCAGAAAGUACUGAAUGAAAUCAGUCAGUUUUAUCAGAAGUUCCCCCAGUAUCUCCAGUAUCUGUAUCAAGGUCCAAUUGUUAUGAACCCAUGGGAACAGGUUAAGAGAACUGCUGGCCCCUUUAUUCCCACUGUGAACAGAGAUCAUCUCUCCACCAGUGAGGAAAAUUCAAAGAAGACUGUUGAUAUGGAAUCAACAGAAGUAUUCACUAAGAAAACUAAACUGACCGAAGAAGAAAAGAAUCGCCUAAAUUUUCUGAAAAAAAUCAGUCAGUAUUACCAGAAAUUCGCCUGGCCCCAGUAUCUCAAGACUGUUUAUCAGUAUCAGAAAGCUAUGAAGCCAUGGACUCAACCUAAGACAAAUGCUAUUCCUUACGUGAAAUACCUUUAAGAUUCUUGAAUUAACUGCUUCUACCUGGUUAUGGUUGAACUGGAAAAUCUAUCUUCUACAGUUUCAUAUUUACCACUUUAUACAACCAGCAUGUUUGGAGUGGCCCAUCAACAAGACAAAUCUCAGAGUAUUUCCUGAAUUAUUUAUACUCUCCCUGUUAGUUUAUAUUGAAUAUACUGGGUUUAUAUGGUGGUUUCAUACAAACUUAGCUGAUGAUUAUUUAAAAUGCUUUCCCUACUCUUUCUGAGUUAUAGAAACAUUUUUCUUUCCCUCUGAAAAUAAAAUUUCAAAUGCA